AUGGCGACCUGGGCCCGGGGUCGGGAGCCAGAGCCGCCGCCCCAGGUCGGGGUGGCGCAGCUCCAGCGCCACCGUGCAGUGUCCCCUCAGCCGGCCACAGACAUGACGGAGCACCUGACAGCGGAGCAGAUCAAGGAGUACAAGGGGGUCUUUGAGAUGUUUGAUGAGGAGGGCAACGGGGCGGUGAGGACGGACGAGCUGGAGCGGCUCAUGAGUCUGCUGGGCAUCAACCCCACCAAGAGCGAGCUGGCCUCCAUGACCAAGGACGUGGACAGAGACAAGAAAGGGUUCUUCAACUGCGACAGCUUCCUGGCGCUGAUGGGGGUGUACUGGGAGAAGGCCCAGAACCAGGAGAGUGAGCUCAGGGCGGCCUUCCGCAUCUUCGACAAGGAGGACAAGGGUUACAUCGACUGGGACACGCUCAAGUACGUGCUAAUGAAUGCGGGCGAGCCCCUCAGCGAGCUGGAGGCCGAGCAGAUGAUGAAGGAAGCCGACAAGGACGGGGAUGGGACCAUCGACUACGAGGAGUUCGUGGCCAUGAUGACUGGGGAGUCCUUCAAGCUGGUCCAGUAG